GAAAUACUGAAGGAUAGGUUCAGAUGACUGUUGCUUCGUGCUGUCAAGCCGUGUGAAUCGCAGCCUGUCAAGCUUGUUUGUUCUCUCAAAGGACAGGAAGUGAUGCUUCGCUGGGUCUUGUUUGUUUUGUUCCUCGGGCUCUGUUCAAGUGCCGGACAACAGAAAAAAAAGGUUGCGAAGCCUCAGUCUCUCGCAAGAGGAUGGGGGAAUGGUAUUAACUGGGUCAAAACUUAUGCAGAGGGCCUUUCGAAGAUGGUUGAAACUCAGAAGCCCCUGAUGGUCAUCCAUCAUCAAGACGACUGCCCGUACUGUCAAGCGCUGAAGAAGGUGUUUGCCACUGAAAGGUCCAUCCAGAAAAUGGCCAAAGAAGACUUCAUCAUGCUAAACCUGUUGGAAGAGACAUCGGACAAGAAUAUGGCUCCUGAUGGCUACUAUGUUCCCAGAAUCCUCUUUGUUGAUCCAUCCAGGACUGUGCGCACAGACAUCAAGGGAAAAUAUAACAACUUCCGCUACACCUACGAACCAAGUGACAUGUCAAUCCUGUUACAAAACAUGAAGACAGCCAAAGUCCCGAUACACACUGACCUCUAACAUGGCUCAAUCUGACUUCUCUCCGUCUUCCAGUUAUGCCGGGCAACCUGCUCUGUGGUCAGCAGCGACAUGUUUACAUGCUCUUCAGAGCUCAAUAAAAUUAUACUACAUAAAAA